AUGCAAGCACCACAUCCAUAUGGCAUGCCGCCGGCCCAGCCAUCGGUGGGCGCACCGCAACCGAAGAGGUAUGACGGGGAAAACGGCCAGCCAAAGUACAACACCGAGCAUGGAGGACACUAUGGCGCGAGCGCAGCAAUCGCAGCUCAAGGCCAUGCGCCGCCAGCAGAGACCUUCACUGGGCACUGGGCGAAUGUAUCGCAAGGACUCAAUGGGCCGUAUCGAGACAUCCUCAACACGUACUGGCAAAACCAAGUGUCGAAGCUGGAGACCGAAGAGCACGACUACAAGCUGCACCAGCUGCCGCUCGCGCGCAUCAAGAAGGUGAUGAAGGCCGACCCGGAGGUUAAGAUGAUCAGCGCCGAAGCCCCCAUCCUCUUCGCCAAGGGCUGCGACAUCUUCAUCACCGAGCUCACCAUGCGCGCCUGGAUCCACGCCGAGGAGAACAAGCGGCGCACCCUGCAGCGCAGCGACAUCGCGUCGGCGUUGGCCAAGAGCGACAUGUUCGACUUCCUCAUCGAUAUCGUCCCUAGGGAAGACGCGACGCCGCAACACAAGAGACGGCCAGAGUUCAGCGCGGUAGGUACGUACGCCGACCCGUCGGGAAGCGCAACAGCCGGCGCCAGCGGUGUGCCAGGGCAAGAGCAAGCGCAGAUGGGCGGCCAGCCAGAAUUCGCCGGCAUGGAUCAACAGCACAUGCCACAACCCCAGUACCAGCAGCAGAUGGGCGCCUAUCCGCCACCACAACCCCAGCAACAGCAGUACGGCGGGCAGCAGCUGUUUGAUCCGAAUAUGUACCAACCGCAGGCCCCGUACCCGGGGAUGCCAAUGCAGCAGAUGCCGCAGCAAGCAGUGAGUGUGCCCCAGCCCAGAUUCUGGGAAUAUCCGGAUAGAGUGGGGAGGCUAACGCUCAAGUUCCCGUCGCCGAAGAUGUACGCGCCACCGCAGCACCGACCGCAGCAGGAGGGCGAGGUGGAGGGUGGUGAGUAUGGGUAUAAUAACGGUUAG